AGAGGAGCCGGGGUCGCAGCCCGCCGCCGAGCAUGGAGUGGAGUUACCUGUUGGCAAUCACCUCGCUGCUCGCCACCCUGUCCCUGCUCCAGCGCGCUGGCUGCGCCGCCGCCUCUGCGGCCGCCGCUGCGUCGUCUUCCUCCUCGGCCAAGGAGCUGUCGUGCCAGGAGAUCACCGUGCCCCUCUGCAAGGGUAUCGGCUACAACUACACCUACAUGCCCAACCAGUUCAACCACGACACGCAAGACGAAGCCGGGCUGGAGGUGCACCAGUUCUGGCCGCUGGUGGAGAUUCAGUGCUCCAGCGACCUGCGCUUCUUUCUCUGCAGCAUGUACACCCCCAUCUGCUUGGAGGACUACAAGAAGCCGCUGCCGCCCUGCCGCAGCGUCUGCGAGCGGGCCAAGGCUGGCUGCGCCCCGCUCAUGCGCCAGUACGGCUUCGCCUGGCCCGACAGGAUGCGCUGUGACCGCCUCCCCGAGCAGGGCAGCCCGGACACGCUCUGUAUGGACUACAACCGCACGGACCUCACCACGGCCGCUCCGCCGCCCGCCAAGCCUCCGCUCCGCGGCGCCAAGCCUGGCGGCCCCGCCAAGGCGCCGCCCGCCGCCGCUGCGCCGCCGGCCGAGGCCCCACGCAAGCCGCGGCUGCCGCCGCCCUGCGAGCCGGGUUGCCAGUGCCGGGCGCCCAUGGUGUCGGUGUCCAGCGAGCGGCACCCGCUCUACAACCGCGUCAAAACGGGUCAGAUCGCCAACUGCGCCCUGCCCUGCCACAACCCCUACUUCAGCCCCGACGAGCGCGCCUUUACCGCCUUCUGGAUCGGGCUCUGGUCCGUGCUCUGCUUCCUCUCCACCUUCGCCACCGUCUCCACCUUCCUCAUCGACAUGGAGCGCUUCAAGUACCCCGAGCGCCCCAUCAUCUUCCUGGCCGCCUGCUACCUCUUCGUCUCCCUCGGCUACCUGGUGCGCCUGGUGGCCGGGCACGAGAAGGUGGCGUGCAGCGGCGGCGCGGCGGCGGGCGGCGCGGGGGCAGGGGCGGCGGGGGCCGGCGGCGGCGCGGCGGGUGCGGCGGCGGCGGGGGCGCGCGGCGCGGCGGGUGGUGCGGCCGAGUUGCAGCCGGAGCUGGCGGUGGCCGAGCACGUGCGGUACGAGAGCACCGGCCCGGCGCUGUGCACCGUGGUCUUCCUGCUCGUGUACUUCUUCGGCAUGGCCAGCUCCAUCUGGUGGGUCAUCCUCUCCCUCACCUGGUUCCUCGCCGCAGGGAUGAAGUGGGGCAACGAGGCCAUCGCUGGCUAUGCGCAGUAUUUCCACCUGGCCGCCUGGCUGCUCCCCAGCGUGAAGUCUAUCGCCGUGCUGGCGCUCAGCUCCGUGGACGGGGACCCCGUGGCCGGUAUCUGCUACGUGGGCAACCAGAGCUUGGAGAAUUUACGGGGCUUCGUGCUGGCACCACUGCUCAUUUACUUGGCCAUCGGCUCCAUGUUCCUGCUGGCCGGCUUCGUCUCGCUUUUCCGCAUCCGCAGUGUCAUCAAGCAGCAGGGUGGCCCCACCAAGACCCACAAGCUGGAGAAGCUGAUGAUACGCCUGGGGCUCUUCACCGUGCUCUACACGGUGCCAGCUGCCAGCGUGGUCGCCUGCCUCUUCUACGAGCAGCACAACCGGCCCCGCUGGGAGGCCACGCACAACUGCCCCUGCCUGCGGGACCAGCAGCCUGAUCAGGCCCGCCGCCCAGACUAUGCUGUCUUCAUGCUCAAGUACUUCAUGUGCCUGGUAGUGGGUAUCACCUCCGGUGUCUGGGUCUGGUCUGGCAAGACCCUCGAGUCCUGGAGGGCCCUCUGCACCCGCUGCUGCUGGGCCAGCAAAGGUGCUGCCGUGGCUGGGGGCACAGGGGCAGGAGGAGGUGGGCAGGCUGCAAUUGCUGCAGCAGGAGGACUUGGGGCUGGAGGUGGUGGCUCCCUCUACAGCGAUGUCAGCACUGGCCUGACGUGGAGAUCAGGCACUGCCAGCUCUGUCUCCUACCCCAAGCAGAUGCCCCUGUCUCAAGUGUGAAGAGGAGGGGAAAGAGGCCAAAGGUUAGGGAAUGAGGGACACUGGCCUUCAUAAAAUGCCCCCUCACUGUUUGGUGCCAUUAAUGAACUCCUAAUGGUCCUUAUUAGCCACAGCUUGUAUAGAACAAUGCAGCUGGCAGAGGCCCUAGGCUCCAGCCCCCUCCUCCUUCCCCUCCAUUCAUAUGCAGGGAGCAUGUACUUCAAGGAGCCAGCUUAUUAUUUUGCUGGCAGAGGAGGGUAGAGUGUCACCCGUGUCUUGCAGAGGGCAACACACUGCAGUUCUGAUUCACUCUGGACUAACAGCAGCUCAUGGGAGGAAGGGUCUCCCUCCAUACCAUCCUGAGGUAGGAGUCUGCUGGGACUGCAGGUUUUUGGGAUGUUGAUGACCAGGCAAAUGCCUUACAAUACAGACUGAAUCAAAAAAUGUCUUAAUUAUACACCCCAGCUAAAUACGGGUUUCCUACAUUAAAGGAUGUAUUUAUAUAAUUAUUUGUUACCUUGUACAGAUGUGUAGAUAUGUAUAUAUCCAAAGCUAUACAGUCUGUAAAUUUUUUGUAAAAAAGUUUAGAGGCUACCCCUGUAAGAGCAAAUACGAGUAUUCUAUUUUGUCAAUAAAAUGACUUUUGAUAAAUGA